AUGGCAGACUUUAACUUCCCCGGAGUCGAUCUCAGUGAUCCUUUUCUUCCAUCUCCCGGUUCAGUAUCUGUUUAUAGCCCGUUCGAAUACAGUACUCCUAAAGUUGCCGUCAAACCACCCCAUGACUACGGGACAUUUACCUAUCCUCUCACGCCUAUAGAUGAAAGACCUGGUCCCAUCUUAUUACCUUUACGAUCACGAAAUUGCUCUUCAAAUUCGCCUCCCUCUCUUUCUUUCUCUCGUUCUUCUAGUACCUCGUCCAAAUUUUCUUUUUCCUCGUCUGCUUCAGAUAUUGAUUGCAAUCGGCUGUCGAAUACCAAGUGGGCAUCCCCUACUUCUUUUCCUCACUUUGCGUCAUUGCCACUGGAUAUUCAGAGAACCAUUUGGAGGCAUUCGUUACCCAAACCACAAAUUAUCGAAAUACAUCAAUACACAAAAUCCACACCACGAUCAUCCUCUUCCUUCUCAACCACAACAAAACAAGAUGAAGAAACUCUCCCAUCCUUGACAACUCGCAAUCCCCUUCCAAUCGCCCUACACAUAAACCGCCUCUCUCGUCGCUUCGCUCUCUCUAUCUUGACUCCACUCUCCUUCGCUCACCCUUACUUUCUCCCUUCAAAUCCAUACGCUUACAUAAACUAUGUUCAAGAUACCAUAUUUAUCUCUUCUCAUACUCUCUACCCCGAUCUCGGAAAUCAUAUCUUGUAUUCCAGGAAUUUACAUAUGAUUCGAUACUUGGCCCUAGAGUUUGAAGUAUGGUGCGAGUUACUUGGCGAUAAUCAUUUUGUUAAUGCACUUUUGGAGAUGGAGGGUUUGAUCAGUAUUGAGAUUAUUUUUGAGAGACAACCAGGAUCGCUUUCUUUCUGUUCUGAUCUUUCAUCCAAUAACGAAUCGUCAAUAUUAUCGAGACAGCUUGAAGAAUCUAUAAUGAAUUGGGGGAUCACACAUCAAGUUCAAGAUCUUAGGUUUGUAGAACCAACAAGAAAUGAGGAAAGAAACUUGAAAGUUAUAUUCGAAAGAGAAUGCGAAAAGAAAUGGUUGUGGGGAAGAGUGAGUGGAUGGGAAGAUGUAAGAGAGAAAUUGAGUUUCAGGUGGAAAGAAGAGGAGAGCAAAAGUAUGGUGCAGAGUCGCGUUUACGAAGAAACAAACGACAAUGAAAACAAAUCUUAUAAACCUUUACCAUCCAGGUUGAGAGCAAAGGAUAAUCACCCAACCGGAUUUUUCGGAAUCAGCUCUGAGGCAGCAGCAUGCAUGGGAGAUGAACACGAGGAAUUAGACCAGGGAUUAGAAAGUCUAAUGAAUAGCGUGGAUGAUGUUAUAAUGGAUUACGGAUAUGUAGCGCAAGGACGAGGAAGAUGGGUUGAUGGGAAGGACACAUAUGCGGAUCAAGAUGAUGCAUAUAGCGAGAGUAACUAUUCGCGAUGCUCGGCGAGUUUCGAAGAUGAUUCUGAUUUGGAGGGGUGGAUUUAA